UUCUUGCCAAUUGCCAAUUGCUCAGAUGCCAGCGUUUUGGACCCUGCAGCAUUUGACUGAAACAUCAGCGCCAUGGAACUGCCCUUGGCACCAGCUGCCCCGGCUAUCCCGGCUAUCCCGGCUAUAGCGGCAAGCCAUCAGAAGGCUAUCAGCAGACAGCCGGGAUGCGCAGCUACCCGCAGUAGCCUGUCGCCGCGUGGGGCUGCAAGCCUCAGCUUGGGUCUGGCUGCCUGCCUCAGAUGGCGCCGCGCUGCUCGGAAACCGCAGACACGGCGGUAUGAUGUAGCUGAGCCACGCCAAAUGCCUAGGCGCAUGGAGCUGUCUGGUAAGACCGAGCUUGGAGAGAGGCUUUGCAUCAUCACCGGUGGAACCAGUCGCUUGGGCUCGGCCAUCGCUCGUGGUCUGGCAGCAUCUGGACGCUUUCAGAGGAUCCUCCUUGUUGGCCGUGACCUUGACCGUGGUCAAGAGGUUGUGAAGGAACUGAAAGAAGUUGGGGUCCAAGCCUCCUUUGAAGCUGUUGACUUGGCGGAUCAAGCUCAGGUUGCUCAGUUCUGCCAGCGUUUGGGAGAUCGAGCCGUGCAUAGUUUGGUGCUGGCAGCAGGUGUUACGGCUCUGGAAGAGAGAGAGGAAACUCGCGACGGCUUGGAGAUGCAUUUCGGCGUCAACUACCUUUCGCGUUUCAACAUGGCCGGGAGAUUUGUCCUGCAAAGAGAUAAUGGAAAGGUGUCUCGUUUAAUGAAGAACCUCGAGAAGGGUGGCACUCCAGAGGAUCCCUGCAAAAUCCUGCUUUGUGGCAGCUCGCGCCAUCGGGGAGAACCACAACUGGGUUUUGCUGCUUUGGGUGCUGCUCUACCACUGGCCUUGGGGGACAUGGAGGAUUUGCAACUACAAGCUGCCGGAGCCUACAGGCCCUGGAAAGCCUUUGGCCAAGCAGCACUCUGCAAUGUGAUGUUUACCUACGAGCUGCAGAAAAGAUUGCCAGUGGGAGGUCCAGUAGCUGUGAGCUGCUUUGAUCCUGGACCCAUGACGACCUGCUGGCAUCUCUACAGGCAAGAGGAGAAUCGUUGGUUGUCCGCAGGCAUGUCAACCUUUGAGAAGGAAAUCUUCAGCUACUUCACGCGGCUCGUGCAGGCGCCAGAGCAGGCGGCCGAAGCAGCGAUUUCGCUGGCCACGGCGGAGACAUUGCCAGGCCGCCAUGCCGGGGCUCCACAGGUGGGUUUUGCAAACUACUGGGAGAAUGGCAUGCCAUCUCUCAGUAAGUUCCCUCUGCCGUGGAAUUGGGGCAACUCCUAUGAUGAGGUCAUCUGGGGAGAGCUGUGGCAACAUUCCCAGCAGUUGUUGAAAGCCAGGUGAUGAUUGGACUGAGCGUCUUUUGAAAUCAUUGGUAAGUUGACCAGUUUUCUUGAAACACCUAGAUGGAUUCCUGGAGUCCUUCUGAUACAUGUUACAUGAUUGAUCCG